GCGCUCCGCAGUGCAUGGCCGAGCCUCGCCCGGCACCCGCGGCUCCGCCGGGGCUCCCGCCCGGGCCGGUCCCGGGCGCCCCCUCCCUCCCCGCCGCGCCCCCGCCCUGCCGCCGGCAGCCGUGACCUUGCCAUCCCGCAGCCUUGGGGACAGCCCUGGGGACAGCCGCGCUGGAUCGGGGAGCCGCCGUGGGAUGUGAUAGCCGGCGGAUCGCACGGAAAUAUUUCUUCUGGGAAAGGAGAGAGGCAGCCUCCUCCCGCGGUCGGGGGCCGUCAAGAAAAGCGGAUUUAAAGAGCAUCUUUGCCCCUUUGUUGGAUGAGAAGGACAGGGGAGGACCGGCAGGAUGAGCACUAGCACAGUUCCCUAUCAGCAAAACCCCUACAACCCUGGGAGCAGCUCCUCCGUGAUCCAGUGCUACCGCUGUGGGGACACCUGCAAGGGCGAGGUGGUGCGUGUCCAGAGCAAUCACUUCCACAUCCGCUGCUUCACCUGCCAAGUGUGCGGCUGCGACCUGGCACAGUCGGGCUUCUUCUUUAAGAACCAGGAGUACAUCUGCACCCACGACUACCAGCAGCUCUACGGGACCCGCUGCGACAGCUGUGGGGACUUCAUCACUGGAGAGGUCAUCUCCGCCCUGGGGAGGACCUACCACCCCAAGUGCUUUGUCUGCAGCACCUGCAGGAAGCCCUUCCCCAUCGGAGACAAGGUCACAUUCAGCGGGAAGGACUGCGUCUGCCAAAACUGCUCCCACUCUCUCAUCAGCACCAAACCCAUCAAGAUCCACGGGCCGAGCCACUGUGCUGGCUGUAAGGAGGAGAUCAAGCAAGGCCAGUCCCUCCUGGCCCUGGAGAAGCAGUGGCACGUCAGCUGCUUCAAGUGCCAAACGUGUGGGAUCAUCCUCACUGGCGAGUACAUCAGCAAGGAUGGCAUCCCAUACUGUGAGUCUGACUACCAUGCCCAGUUCGGCAUCAAGUGCGAGACCUGUGACCGGUACAUCAGUGGCCGGGUCCUGGAGGCAGGAGGGAAGCACUACCACCCCACCUGUGCCAGAUGUGUCCGCUGCCACCAGAUGUUCACAGAAGGAGAGGAGAUGUACCUCACAGGCUCUGAAGUGUGGCACCCGAUCUGCAAGCAGGCAGCCAGAGCAGAGAAGAAGCUGAAGCACAGAAGGACGUCGGAAACCUCCAUCUCCCCUCCUGGUUCCAGCAUUGGCUCCCCAAACCGUGUCAUCUGUGCUAAAGUGGAUAAUGAGAUCCUUAAUUACAAAGACCUGGCAGCUCUUCCCAAGAUUAAAGCCAUCUAUGAAGUGCAGCGUCCUGACCUCAUUUCCUACGAGCCCUAUCACAGAUACACGUCGGAUGAGACACUGGAGAGAUAUAGCUAUGGGGAGUCCCUGGGGACCCUCUCCCCAUACUCGCAGGACAUCUAUGAGAGCUUUGACACGCGGCAGAGGCGAGCCUCCAGCCCUGGCUACAUCGACUCCCCCACCUACAGCCGCCAGGGCAUGUCCCCCACCAUCCCCAGGUCCCCCCACCAUUUCUACCGCUCAGGCACCGAGAGUGGGCGCAGCUCCCCCUACUAUAGCCAGUUAGAUGUGAGGUCCUCCACUCCAACCUCAUACCAAGCACCCAAGCAUUUCCACAUCCCAGCUGCCGGCGAGAGUAACAUCUACCGGAAGCCCCCCAUCUACAAGCGCCAUGACAACCCCUCUGCAGCCACAAAAAGCAAAACCAGUGAAGAUAUCGCGCAGUCAUCCAAGUACAGCCCUGCCUACUCCCCGGAUCCGUACUACCACUCCGAGUCAGAGUACUGGCCCUUCCAAGGCUCGCCCAAAGCACCCCGGGCCCGGAGGUUCUCGUCAGGUGGUGAGGAGGAUGGGUACGACCGGGGCAUGCACAAGAUCCAGAGUGGCAUUGGCAGGCUGAUCCUGAGGGAGGAGAUGAAGGCUCGGUCCAACUCCUACGCAGACCCCUGGACACCCCCUCGCAGCUCGGCCAGCAGCAGAGAAGCCCUGCACACGACUGGCUAUGAGGGCUCCCUCAAUGGCUCUCCCAGAACCCACUACCUGGCCGACAGCGAUCCCCUCAUUUCUAAGUCGGCCUCCCUUCCUGCCUACAGGAGGAAUGGGCUGCACAGGCCUCCCAGCGCUGAGCUUUUCCACUACGACAGCACGAAUGCCGUCAACUGGGGGAUGCGAGGUAAGGGGCCACGGGGCCAGGGACCCUGUAAGCAUUCCAGAGCCAAAUCCUGUGGGGCUGCCACCUGCAGGCAGUUCUGGAAAAUGAGGCUGGAGGGAGGAUGGUGGGAAGAUCCUGGUAGCGGAGGGGUCAGCAUGGCUCAUGUCUCUCUUUUCUCUCUCCCCACAGAGUACAAGGUAAGAUGCUUCUGCUGCAAGGCUUGGCUGUCAGCCAGAGGUGGGAGUCCCGGAGAUGUGUCUGUGUGUCCCCAGGCUCUUCAGGGGGAAGUUUUGCCCUCUUCCUGCAAUGCCCUGCCUUUGUCCCUCUCCAUCCCCUACAUGACAGCCCCGUCCCAGGACUGUGGGGCUCGGACCAGAGUCCAUCCCCUCCUGCCAGGGUCCCAAGCACUCGGAUGAGCAGAAUUGUCUCCUGGGGAGGAACAGAGAAAGGUGGUUGUGGUGUGAUUUCCUACUCACACUUGUACCUGGGUCACUCCUGGUUUCACAGAGUGAGCAGGCUAUUCCAGAGCCACCAAGGGGAUUUAAGGUGGAUCAGGAUCACCCUGAGAGCAAGUUCCUCCUAUGCCUUGUCCCAUCCAGUCACUGGAGUCAGUUGUGCCACCCAAACACUGCUAGACAUGGCAGGAGGAGGUUUUGCCUUAGUGGUCCCCAUGGCCUCAUUCCCAAGUGUGUCUCAGUUGUCUUCUUCUGGCUCCAGAGCUGCCUCACGGUCUUCCUGUC